UUACCCAAUUCCCUUUCUUCAUAAAUCAAAAUAAGCAAUAAUUUUGGCCUGCACUUUGCUGACAAAAUCCAUCUCCGCUUCUGUAAUAAAACCCUUGCCUAUGAACUAACCGUAAUUUUAAUUUUUCUUUUUUUAAUGUUUUAAGGGGUGGGUAUUUCAAUGCAUUCCUUUUCCUCUCAUCCAUUACCAACAAGAUUUUAUAUUCUUUAAAAAGAUUACCCUUGUUUAUCUUAAAAUACAGGGUAGGGUUUGUUUUCUCUUUUUUGAUUUUUUCCUCUUCCAUAUUUGCUUACUCCAAAUGGAUGUUUCGCUUCGAUAGCCAAUAGUAGCAAAUAUGCUCUAUUUAAGGGAUCUUUGGAGAAGGCAUAGGAGGAAGGUUUUGGUUACAGCAGGUGUUUUAGGAAGUGGGUAUUUGUUGUAUAAACUAUAUGAUGCUCACAAACGUAGGCUUAUUGAUUUGGAAAGGCAACUGGCAAACGAACGGGAAAACGAUGAAUUCAUUAAAGCUCAAAUUCAACUCCAUUUUGAGAACAUUCAAAGAAUUGCUGAUACAACAACAUUACCUCAUGCAAUGCCCUAUUUAAGUUGCCGGAUAGCUGAAGAUUUGAACCUUUCACAUCUUAUGGAGAGACUAGUGAAAGGGAAGGAUCAGCCCAACAGUUUGUCUUCUUCAGAGAAACUUGAGUUAUGGGACAGGCUCAAAAUUUUGAGUUUUACAAGAUUGGUGGUGUCAAUAUGGGCAGUAACCAUUCUUAGCUUAUAUAUUAGAGUUCAAGUCAACAUUCUAGGAAGACAUUUAUAUAUUGAUACUGCACGUGGUCUUGGAAGCUCUUAUUUACUUGAGGAAGCUGAUCUCAUUGACAGGGAUGACCAGCAAAAAUUCCUGGCAAGUGCUGACUUUCUUGCCAAUCAUGGCUUGCCAAAAUUGAUUUCUAGUAUGCAGACAGCUGCAACAGAAGUUUUGAAGGCAAAGCAGUUGAGAGACUUCUUCAAUACUGCAAUACUUCAUGAAACUAUCAUGCAGAUACUUGACAUGUUCCUUAGCAUGGGAAGUCCUCAUCACUGGGUGGACUGCUUGAUGCCUGAGGACCCAAGGUUGUACAAGCUUGCCAAAACAUCCAGCGAUGAAACAAAUCCUCCUGAAUUUACAAAAUUUGAUCAACUUAUGGUUGAGACACGAGAAGUACUUUCAAGUGCUGAAUUCAGUAAUGUUGUUGAAUUAUCAUUAAAAGCAGUGGCGAAAGCACUGGUGGAGGAGAAGGGUUUUCAAUCUGGAGGAGGCAAUCUAACAAAUGGGAUGCCUCUAGCUAGACUUUUGCCUCGAAUUGCACAGAUAUGUCCGACUUUGGUUGAGGAACCAAGCAAAAACCAGUUUAUCCAAAUCAUACAAAGUGUUCCAGAAGUUGGUCUCUUCUUCACUCUCCUCUAUUCCAAUAUGUCAGCCUCAUAGUGAACAAUGUUUGUACCUUUAUUAUUAUUAUUAUUCACAUUUAAUUUACAAAAGGCACCAGCACCAAUGGGGCUGGAUACCUUGGAAGUUGCUCUAGGAAUAAUAGAACCGAAGGCUAGAGAUUAUUCCUUUAGUUUGUAAUUUUUUGUAUGAUGUUAAAUCUCCCUUUGAUUGAAAAUGGUGCUAAAAUAAAGCCUGAGCUGAGGUUGAGAGCCUCGGGGCUUUAGAUUUUCAUUUA